UACAAUCCCGCUCGCUGCUUGUUUAUCUAGGGUUUCGUGCUCCAAAUACAAUCCAAUGCACACAUCCACAGAGAAAGUUUAGCUUGACCCAUAAUUAAUCAAAAGUUUAAUUUGUUGAACGUUAAUAAACAAACUUUUAUUUUUAUAUCGAAAAAUGGAAACUAAUCAAUUACUAAUGGUACACAUUUAUGGCUUUCCCAAUUCACCACCACUGCUGUUGCUGUUGCUAUUGUCCUUCACUCCCCCUCCCAAACCCCAUUUUAGGGUUUCACUUUCCGUUCUCUCAGGAAUCACCCCAUUUUUUUCAGAUUUUCAGUGACCCUUUUGUGCUUCAGUGUUAGUGUUGCUGUGGCGUCUGGUUUUGAGCUCUGAAAUAUCGGAGAAAGCCUGCAAAUCUCGUGACAGAUCUCUCGGAAGUUGAUGAUGGAUUUCUUCAAAGUAAAGAAGUUUAGGAAAGCUCACAAACCAAAUCCAGAAAAGGAUUCAGAGGAUAAACCCAUUCCGCAGCCAGAGGAGCCAAAGAAUGAGAAUGGUGAUGACUUGAGUAAAUCAGGCAAUGUUGAUUCUGCUCCUGAAGCUGAUGACGACGACGACGACUUCAUCACAAAUGAGGUCAAGAGGAGGUUAAAAGAACUGAGAAGAAACAGUUUUAUGGUGUUGAUACCGGAAGAAUCGUGCCCAGAAGAGGAGGAAGAGGAUGAGGAAGAGGAGGGUGAGACCAGCUCUAGUGAGUGGAGGGAUGUGGAAGCAGAAGGUCAACAGCUGUGGUAUGGGUUCGAUGCUGUGUAUGACAAAUACUGUGAGCGGAUGUUAUUCUUUGACCGUUUGAGUAAUCAGCAGCUGAAUGAAGUUGGCUCCCAUAAUCCUUCAACUCCAUCACCAAAAUCUGCAUCUAAGAAGCUUACUUCCCCACUUCGCUGCCUUUCUUUGAAGAAGAUUGAAGAACCUGAAGAUGAAACUGAGCAUCUGCAGCAGCAAGGAAAUAACCCCUAUGAGGAUCUUGAGACGGCAUAUGUGGCUCAAGCUUGCUUGACUUGGGAGGCUCUUCAUUGUCAAUACACGCAAUUGAGCCAGAAAAUUUCUUGCCUACCCGAAAAUUCAGCUUGUUACAACCACAGUGCUCAGCAAUUUCAGCAGUUUCAGGUUUUGUUACAAAGAUUUAUCGAAAAUGAACCUUUUGAGCAGGGUUCCAGGGUUGAAAUUUAUGCUCGAGCAAGAAACUUGUUGCCUAGACUGCUUCAGGUUCCUAAAGUAAAAGAUUCGGAUCGAAAAGAGAUGGAAGAAGAGUCAGAUUCGCUGGUACUCGGUCAAGAUCUAAUUAAAAUAAUUGAGAGCUCAAUCCAGACUUUCUACCUUUUCCUAAAGAUAGACAAGAAAAAAUCAAUUGGUGUUCGUAAUCUUAUUGGAGGUCAGAACCAGUGGGCUACCCCUCUCCAACAGAUUCAAUCUUCUCUUGAGAAGAUAAGGAUGAAGCUGAAGGAACUGCAGAAAAGGAAGAAAGGGUGGAAGAAGUCUUGGCCUGCAAGGCUAGAGGAAGUGGAGCUGUUGCUGAGCCUUAUCGAUGUCAAAGUCAUGUCAAGGGUUCUAAGAAUGUUAAGAAUCAGUAAAGAGCAGCUAUUUUGGUGUGAAGAGAAGAUGAAAAAACUAAAUGUAUCAGAUGGCAAGCUGCAGAGAGACCCCUCUCCCAUAUUUUUUCCUUGUUAAUAUUUCAAACCAAAGAUAGAAUGAACUAGAAAUAUUGGUAGGAAAGUUGCGAAGAAAACUCCAUUUCCAUCUCUUCUUGUGAUGUCUGUCAGAAGCUCUUAGGAGAAUUGCUUAACAGCAAUGCCAAGGGGAUGGAAGGGGUUAUUAUGCAACUGUGUCAUAUAAUUCUAGUUCAAGAAAAUUGUUGUUGGUUUGUAGUAUGUGUGCGCCUUUUAUGUUUUAUUUGUACCAAACUAAAGUUGCAGACACUAGUGGGCUAUAUGUCAGAAGUGAGAUUUUUCACUUAAUAUCAGAAUGUGAUUGAUCUUUUCUUGCA